AGAAAACGUUACUUGAACGCUAGAUUGAACACAUUGUGGUGUUGGAACAUUAUUUUUGGGGAUCAAACGUGAGAAAGCACCUGUUACCAAGUGCCCAACCGUCCUCAGGAUCGAUAGUAUCCCAACAUCGCGAGGCAUGUACGUACGUACAAAUACAUGUGAAUGCUAUGAAGUCUAGGCCGUUCGCCUUUCGCUCUCUCGUUUCGAGCCGCAGUGACGGCUGGCGUCCAUUCCGUGAAGAGCCCAUAGAAACAGACCAGAUUAAGGCUGGGACUGAGGCAGCUCAGUACAUACAGUGGAUUGCAUGCAGUUAGUCCAAUAUCCCGAUCGAGACAAACGUCCACAGAGUACAGUAAUUUGAGUGCGUUCGGAAACCUGCAAACGGAUUUCUUAGCUGGUCGCGGGGAGUGUUCGUUUACCAGGCUAUGCGAUGGCAUCCUCCAUUCCUAUUCCCGUGUCCUUCAGACGCCCAGAUUUGGCCAACGAUGACGGGCAAAUGGCCUUUUCUCCGAGUAAGAUGACCCCGAGGACGUUGGACCAUUUUCAAGAGUCAGACGCUCAGGGCGUUCCCCUCCGAUCUGCUUGGACUUUUUGGUUGGAUAAGGCUAGUAAAAAUUCCACGGCAGCUCAGUAUCAAGCGAAUUUAAAGCAGAUCUACACCGUGUCCACUGUCCAAGGCUUUUGGAGCGUAUACAAUCACAUUCCUGACGUGAGCCAAUUGCCUCUACGAUGCUAUUAUCAUCUGAUGCGAGAUGAACGGAAGCCUCUAUGGGAAGACCCCGUCUUGUGCAAAGGUGGAGUUUGGCGAUUAAAAUGCCCCAAGAAAGACACGUCCUUGGUGUGGCGGGAACUCCUACUAGCUGCCAUCGGCGAGCAGUUUCUUAACGACCUAUGUGAGGGGGACAACAUUUCCGGUUUUUCCGUGUCCCCCCGAGAGAAAGAUGAUUUGAUACAAAUAUGGAAUGUCCGCUCAGAUGUAGCGAAUGAUGAUCGGGUUUUACAAAAAGUGCACAAACUUGUUCCUAACGUCAGAUUCAAUGCCGAGUUUUACAAACCUCAUGAAACCCAUUCCGCGUUUGAAGGCCAUCGAGGCCAUGCUCGUUAGGUUUUGAACCUUGCCUACUACCAAGAGGGAACCCUGUCACGACUUUUGGAGCUCGAUUAUCCAUCCAUUCAAUUCAUUCAGAGCUAAAACCAGAGACAUUGAGCACAACUCAAAAAUUACCUCCAUGCUACUACCUAACAACAAACACUAAGAUUGAACGAUAUUAUGUGAAAGUUUAUAAUAAAUUUAGACACAAUAUAUGACUAGGUGCAAGCAUAGAAUAUGGAGUUAAAUGGGGAAAAAUCCGAAUUAUGACGUACGACCAAAAUGGUAUGGACACUCAUGUUUACAUCAAAAAUUGCCAGAACCCAAUUCAAACAGUACACUCAAGUUCAGUUUUUUGACGAGAGCACGUUUUGUUGCUCCCAAGGAAGGUUGCUCCUGUUCAUAGAUAACUCCGAUAACUCCACAUAUGGGCACGACCUAGAAACACUGGAGGUCCCUGGUGGCUGAAAUGUGCGUUAGCUCAGUAAUGAAAACAAACCAAUUCUUCCCACGCCAUUCGGGCAAGGUUUGACCUCCAGGCAGAGUGAAUAGCCCGUGGAUUGGAGUCACAACAUCUAGAUAUUGAUUGAGGGACCUCAAAAAUCAUGAGAGUGACCUUAUUUUGGGUCCUGUUGAGCAGGAAAAACUCCUCAGAUCGAUCUCAAAGGCCAAACUCAGGAUCCACAUCAACUCUAACAUAAAGACAGUCCAGGCAUCGGUCAACUCACGUAACCCCCAAGCUCUUGAAGACAUUCCUCCACCGUUGCCCGUAUUACGUAAAUCAUGUGUUACCAUUUGCAGCCUUGAUUGAACGAUUCAAGUACGUUCCUUGUGGCAAAGAUUGUAUGACAGACAAACGGAUCUCUUGAAAAUUUCAGCCAUCCUUCGAGCAAGGCUCAUUAGCCAGAUGAGGCUUGAAAAAGCAACGGUACUCUUGGUCCAUUCAAGCCUUGGGGCAUCAAUCCGCUCAGUAAAUUUAAAGAGGUGUGUAUACGAACUAAAGCAUCGUCAUGAGAGAACCACAUCCUGAUCCCAAAGAGGUACUUUAUGCUCCAACAUGUUGCGACAGACUUGGGACACGCACUUUAAGCUCCUCCCUUCUCUACCUUAAGCUCCUCCUUUUCCCUGUUCCCGUUGUGUAUAUAAAGCCAUGUUUCUCAUGAAUAAAGGGCAGUCUACGACUUACCAACUAGA